AUCCACAUAUCUCGGGGAGAGAAGUUGUCGAGGGGGGAUUCUGAUGCCGGAUGGACUCUCUUGGUUUUUCCCGGGUUUUCGUUUUCGAGAGCUCCGCUUUCUUUGGGUGCUAGGGUUGGUGCUGUUCAGGUGCGGUGUGUUGUGGUGACGGCAGCGGCGUUGCUGCAAUCUUAGUUUAGCUACGUUUCUCCUGUUGCCAUUCCGGUGGUCAAUGCUCCUAGUGUGGCGACGCUGGUUUUGCAUUCUCUUCCUCGCAGUCGUGCAGUUGGAGCGAGAUCUGGCUUUUUGCUCGCGUUACUUUUCCCGUGGAGGGGGGCUGCUCGUCAUUUAGGGCGCUUCUGCAACGCCGUUCCUGGCUGUUCUACCUUUUUUGUUGUCUGUGGCGAUCCUGCUUCGGAGUGUGCUGCGAUCAAGGCUGGUGGCUGCGGAAGCUCCUGUUGUCAACGUGAUCUGGUUUCCGUACUUCUUCCGUUGGUCUAUGGUUAGAGGGCGAGCGAUACGGGUGUUCAUGCUAAGGUGGUUGUUUUCGAGGGCGCCUUGUUGCUCUAUUGUUGUUAUUGCGCCGCCGCCUACCACUGGAGUGUCGACGGGUUCCCUUUCGGGGUAUUAUUUUUUUCUCCCUUUUUCCAGCUUCUGCUUCGAAUCGUGUUGCUGUUUGUUGUAGUCGUGCAUCGAGCUGGUGCUCGGCCCAUGUUCUUCUUCAUAGUGUGUGAAGGGGCGUUGGAUGGUGCUAGUUGCACUGUGGUGGAAGCAUCAAGUGCUUGACGGUGUCUCAUGAUUCUGUUCCGUUUGGUGCUCUCUGGUGGCGAGUCUUUUUUCGGGUUGGUGGCCCCGUGGCAUUGAGGAUUGUCGACGCUUUCUUGUUGCUGGCCUCGUUCAUUUCGCCUGGUGAUUCUUCGGUUCUGUUCUCCACCAUCUUGUUGUAGGCCAAGGCCGUUUGAUGCCACUGUUGCGGUUGUGGCUGCAAAUUCGACUGCUUCACCGACUGCACUCCUUGAAGUCAUGGCUGCUGCUGCAAGUUCUUGAAGAGAGUAGUGGACGUUUAGGUCGUGGUUGGUAGCUGUCGGGGAAAUUGCGGUAUUUGCUAUCCGCCGACCCGCGUUUUUGUCGCCGUGGAUGCUGGAGGAUUACGUGCUGCGGUGCAGUGCCGUCAAGUUUGGCUGGUGGUCGACUUAAUCCGGCUCUUGUUGCUGUGCUCGUUCGUCUCCGACUGUUUUUGGGCUCCGGUGUUGUUCGACUAUCGCUGAGUUUCCAAUCAUCGUCGUCGCCUUUAGUCGGCACUCUCGGUGGACUGGCGGGGUUGGCAGCGGACGGUCCUUGUGAGGCAGGCAAUGAAGUUGACAGCGUAGUGAAAAAUUUAUGUAAGCAGCUUGGUUGUCGAUAGAACCGUCGGCUUCGCUGAAGAAUUUCAUGUGAGCAGUUAGCAUCUGUGAAGGGUUGUAAAGAUUGGUGGCAGCUUUGCCAACCCACUUUCGUUCCUGUGAAGGGUUCUGAAGACCGAAGGACUUUGAGCCGCCAGUGGGUCGGCGAGCAAUUCCAUUUCUUCCUGCUCAACUGCUAUCGCAGCUACUCCAGGCUCGUUUUCGACAUCUUCCACAUCGCGGUGACAAGGCCAUCUCCUAGUAAUAAACUUGAGCAUCCUAAAGCACUAUUUUCCAAUUCUUAUCUAAAUUAUGGCUAGGUUGGAUCCUACAACUCAUACUUCAGAAUCAAUGUUGCCAAAUUUUAAUGAUCAUACUCUUGGAGUUGUACCAAGCAUAUAUUCAGAAUUGCAAUUGUAUUUAAAAAUUGCAAUGAAAUCCAUGGAAAAAGUCCAAGAGUUAACUUCUCAAAGAGAGCUAACAAAUUUGCCAAAAUUCAAUAAAGAGGAAUGUGAAUAUUUAGCUUGUAAACUCAAGCUCACCAUUGAGAGUGCUAGUUCAUUCUUUCAUGCCACAUGCCAUCAAAAAGACAUUCUUGAAGAAGCUUUAGCAAGUUAUGUGGGUAAUUUCAAGCUAUUUGCUACAAAGGCAAAAGAAAUUGAAAAUUUCAUCCAAGAUUGUUGCAAAAAUGCAUGGAUCGAAGUUGCCAUCAUAUUGACAAAAAUGAAAGAGCUUGUUUCAUCAAUAAGCUUUAAUUUGGAACUAUGUAGACUUUCAUUUUAUGACUUUGAAUUUAGAGCACCACUAAGUAAAACUUGGAUAGAACUUUCUGACAAAGUUGAAGAGAUCAACAACAUUGAAGCAAAGAUUGUGCAAGAAAAAGCAUUUCAAGAUGAAGAGGCAUUGCUAGAGAAAGUGGAUUUGGAAUUGAAAUCAUUGAAUGGUAAGGAGAAAGAGUUAGCUUACAUUUUGCUUGAAAGACUUAGAAGCACAUCAAUUGCAUCUUCACGAAACCUAUUGAAGGGAGAAUUGGACAAAGUGAAGCAACACAAUCAAAUAGGAAAAAGUGCAUCCGCAAUUGUAUUUAAAGUUAAAUGGUUGGAGAUGGAAGUUGCAAAGAAGGUGUUUUAUGGAUCAAGCAUAAAACAUUUUGAACAAGAAGUGUCAAUUGUAUCAAGGGUGUUUCAUGCAAAUAUUAUGUCCAUACUUCAUUAUACAUCAAGCAAGCAUCAGUGCUCAAUUUUCAUGGAAUUGAUGGAUGGAGAUCUUACUUCUUUAAUAUGGCAUAGAUUGAAAAUUCUUCAUCUAGAUGUACCAUUUUCCAAUAUAGUAGCUAUUGACAUCAUUCUUCAAAUUGCAAAAGGUAUGCAUUAUCUUCACUCACAAGAUAUUGUGCAUAGGAACUUGGAACCAGACAAUAUUUUGGUGAAGAUAACAAACAUGGAAAUUGGAUAUGUGCAUGCUAAAUUGGCAGUUUUUGGAAUGUCCAAAACUAAGAAAAGUAGUUGUUCUACUCAAACACUUAAUAUAGGUACUACUCGAUACAUGGCUCCAGAAGUGAUUAAAAUCCAUGAGCAAGGAAGUGAAAACCAUGUUCUUACAAGUACAUACAAACAAAAGUAUCCAUCAAAAAGUGAUGUGUAUAGUUUUGGUAUGGUGUGUUAUCAAAUACUAACUGGAAAAGUCCCCUUUUCAAAUCUAAGUAAUAUUGAGGCUAAGAUAAAGAUAAAGAGUGGUGAGUGUCCAUCUUUACCUUCUCAUUGUCCACCAAUCUUGAAAAGUUUGAUAGAAGAUUGUUGGAAAUUUAAUCCCAAAGAUCGUCCAACUUUUUUGGAGAUUUGCAAUGAUUUAAGGUGUAUAAAGUAUUUAUUGAUGACAUCAUGUUCAAGCUUGAUAUUAUUGCCAAAUAAAUCAAUCAAUUUUCCAUCUUUUAGAACCUUAAGAAUAAGUGAAUCUUCUAGUUUGAUAUCAUUGUUAAAUAAAUUGGAUAAUUAUUCAUCUUUGACUGCUUGUGAAGUAACAAAGUGCUCAAAGUUGACAUCAUUGCCAAAUGAAUUGGGCAACCGUACAUCUUUGACUUCCUUAAAUUUAAGUAGGUGCUCAAACUUGACAUCAUUGCCAAAUGAAUUGGGCAACCUCAUAUCUUUGAUUUUUGUAAAUUUAAGUGAGUGCUUGAACUUGACAUCAUUGCCAAAUAAAUUGGGUAACCUCACAUCUUUGACUUCGUUAAAUUUGAGUGGAUGUUCAAACUUGACAUCAUUGCCAAAUGGAUUGGGCAAUCUCACAUCUUUGAUUUUCUUAAAUUUAAGUAGGUGCUCAAGAUUGACAUUAUUGCCAAAUGCAUUGGGCAACCUCACAUCUUUGACUUUGUUAAAUUUAAGUGAGUGCUUUAGGUUGAUAUCAUUGCCAAAUCAAUUGGGCAACCUCACAUCUUUGACUACUUUAGAUGUGGAAAACUGCCAAAGCUUGGCAUCAUUGCCAAAUGAAUUGGGCAACCUCACAUCUUUGACUUUCUUAAAUUUAAGUGGAUGUUCAAGGUUGACAUUAUUGCCAAAUGAAUUAGGCAACCUCACAUCUUUGACUUUGUUAAAUUUGAGUGGGUGCUCAAACUUGACAUCAUUGCCAAAUGAAUUGGGCAACCUCACAUCUUUGACUUCCAUAAAUUUAAGUGAGUGCUUGAACUUGAUAUCAUUGCCAAAUAAAUUGGGCAACCUCACAUCUUUGACUUUGUUAAAUUUAAGUGAGUGCUCAAGGUUGACAUCAUUGCCAAAUGAAUUGGGCAAUCUCACAUCUUUGACUAUUUUAGAUGUGGAUAAGUGCCAAAGCUUGGCAUCAAUACCAUAUGAAUCGGGCAACCUCACAUCUUUGACUACCUCGAAUAUGGACAGUUGUUCAAGCUUGAAAUCAUUGCUAAAUGAAUUGAGCUACCUCACACCUUUGACUAUCUUGAAUAUUCGAGGGACGUCAAGCUUGACAUCAUUGCCAAAUGAAUUGGACAACCUCACAUCUUUGACUACCUUAAAUACAACUUAUUACUCAAGCUUGACAUCAUUGCCAAAUGAAUUGGGCAACCUCACAUCUUUAAGUACCUUCAAUUUAGAAGGAUGUUCAAGUUUGACAUCAUUGCCAAAAGAAUUAGGCAAGCUCACAUCUUUGAUUAAAUUGCAUAUAAGAAAGUGUUCAAGCUUGACAUCAUUGCCUAAAGAAUUGGAAAAACUCUCAUCUUUGAUUGAAUUGGAUAUUGGAGGAUGUGAAAGCUUGACAUCAUUGCCAAAAGAAUUAGGUAAUAUCACAACUUUGAUUAGCCUUAAUUUAGAAGGAUGCUCAAGCUUGACAUUAUUACCAAAAGAAUUGGGUAAUCUCACAUCUUUGACUUCCAUAAAUUUAAGUGAGUGCUUGAACUUGACAUUAUUGCCAAAUGAAUUGGGCAACCUCACAUCUUCAAUUUCAUUAAAUUUAAGUGAGUGCUCAAGGUUGACAUCAUUGCCAAAUGAAUUAGGCAACCUCACAUCUUUGACUUGCUUAAAUUUAAGUGGGUGCUCAAGGUUGACAUUAUUGCCAAAUGAAUUGGGUAACCUCACAUCUUUGACUUCCUUAAAUUUAAGUGGGUGCUUUAACUUGACAUCAUUGCCAAAUGAAUUAGGCAACUUUACAUCUUUGACUUUGUUAAAUUUAAGUGGGUGUUGGAAGUUGAUAUCAUUGCCAAAUGAAUUAGGCAACCUCACAUCUUUGACUUUGUUAAAUUUAAGUGGAUGCUCAAGGUUGACAUCAUUGCCAAAUGAAUUGGGCAACCUCAAAUCUUUGACUUUGUUAAAAUUAAGUAGGUGUUGGAAGUUGAUAUCAUUGCCAAAUAAAUUGUGCAACCUCACAUCUUUAAUUUCGUUCAAUUUAAGUGAAUGCUCAAGGUUGACAUCAUUGCCAAAUGAAUUGAGCAACCUUACAUCUUUGACUUCCUUAAAUUUAAGUGGGCGCUUGAACUUGACAUCAUUGCCAAAUGAAUUGAGCAACCUCACAUCUUUGACUUCCUUAAAUUUAAGUGGAUGCUUUAACUUGACAUCAUUGCCAAAUGAAUUGGGCAACUUCACAUCUUUGACUUUGUUAAAUUUAAGUGGGUGUUGGAAGUUGAUAUCAUUACCAAAUGAAUUAGGCAACCUCACAUCUUUGACUUUGUUGAAUUUAAGUGGAUGCUCAAGGUUGAUAUUAUUGCCAAAUGAAUUGGGCAAUCUCAAAUCUUUGACUUUGUUAAAAUUAAGUAGGUGUUGGAAGUUGAUAUCAUUGCCAAAUGAAUUGGGUAACCUCACAUCUUUAAUUUUGUUAAAUUUAAGUGAGUGCUCAAGAUUGACAUCAUUGCCAAAUGAAUUGGGCAACCUCACAUCUUUGACUUCCUUAAAUUUGAGUGGGUGCUCAAACUUGACAUCAUUGCCAAAUGAAUUGGGCAACUUCACAUCUUUGGCUAUGUUAAAUUUAAGGAGGUGUUGGAAGUUGAUAUCAUUGCCAAAUGAAUUGGGCAACCUCACAUCUUUAAUUUCGUUAAAUUUAAGUGAGUGCUCAAGGUUGACAUCAUUGCCAAAUGAAUUGGGCAACCUCAUAUCUUUGACUUUCUUAAAUUUAAGUGGGUGCUCAAGGUUGACAUUAUUGCCAAAUGAAUUAGGCAACCUCACAUCUUUAAUUUCGUUAAAUUUAAGUGAGUGCUCAAGGUUGACAUCAUUGCCAAAUGAAUUGGGCAACCUCACAUCUUUGACUACCUUGAAUAUGGAGGGUUGUUCAAGCUUGAAAUCAUUGCUAAAUGAAUUGAGCCACCUCACACCUUUGACUAUCUUGAAUAUUCGAGGGACGUCAAGCUUGACAUCAUUGCCAAAUGAAUUGGACAACCUCACAUCUUUGACUACCUUAAAUAUAAGUUAUUGUUCAAGCUUGACAUCAUUGCCAAAUGAAUUGGACAACCUCACAUCUUUGACUAUCUUAAAUAUAAGUUAUUGCUCAAGCUUGACAUCAUUGCCAAAUGAAUUGGGCAACCUCACAUCUUUAAGUACCUUCAAUUUGGAAGGAUGUUCAAGUUUGACAUCAUUGCCAAAAGAAUUAGACAAGCUCACAUCUUUGAUUAAAUUGCAUAUAAAAAAGUGUUCAAGCUUGACAUCAUUGCCUAAAGAAUUGGGCAAACUCUCAUCUUUGAUUGAAUUGGAUAUUGGAGGGUGUGAAAGCUUGACAUCAUUGCCAAAAGAAUUAGGUAAUAUCACAACUUUGAUUAGCCUUAAUUUAGAAGGAUGCUCAAGCUUGACAUCAUUACCAAAAGAAUUGGGUAACCUUACAUCUUUGACUAAAUUAGAUAUAAGAAAGUGUUCAAGCUUGAUAUCAUUGCCAAAAGAAUUAGGUAACCUCACAUCUUUAAGUACUUGCAAUUUAGAAGGAUGCUCAAGCUUGAUAUCAUUGCCAAAAGAAUUAGGCAAUCUUACAUCUUUGAAUACCUUGAAUUUGGAAGGAUGUUCAAGCUUGACAUCAUUGCCAAAUGAAUUGUUCAAUUUCACAUCUUUGACUAUCUUAAGAAUAAAUGAUUGCUCAAACUUGACAUCAUUGCCAAAUAAAUUGGACGACCUCACAUCUUUGACUACCUUUAGUAUGUGUGCAAGUUCAAAUAUAGACAAGUUGGAGGGAGCAUUUGAUGUAUAUACGCAAUCUAGUAGAAUUGAUACAAAAUCCUCUCAAUCUGUUUGGACAACUAAGAAAUUUGCUGUAGCAAGGGAUUACCCAAAUGCACACAAUGAUUUUGUUUCAAACUGUAAGGAAGCAAUUUCAUUACAAUUGCAGUCGAUGGACUUACCCAGCAAGCGUCCAUUAGGCCAAGGCUUAGCUGGCUACGGAUAUGAAACAACAUGGGAAGGAAAGAGGUAUGCAAGAAAAGAUUUCGUUGGAGUACCGAGGAUUAUCUUUGAGAGAGAGGCAGUUGCCUUGGUAGCUCUUGAAGAUCACAAGAAUAUUGUGAAAACAUAUGGCUGGACUACUGGCAAGAGGAGUUGCUCCCUUGUCUUAGAGUACAUGGAUGAUGAUCUUUUUAGCUUAUUGCACUACAGAAUUUCGACUAAACAUGAUCUAGUUGGUUCAAACGGCGACACGCAAUCUUGUAAGUUGACUACCCCGGAGCCUUUUGACCUACCGCAGGCAAUUUACAUCAUGUUACAAAUCGCCACAGGCAUGAAGACCCUGCACGAGCAAGGAAUUGAACACGGGGAUCUAAAAACAAAGAACAUUCUUGUCUCUUAUAAGAACCAAAGAGAUCCGAAUUUCAUGACAGUGAAAGUAGCCGAUUUUGGUCUUGUUUGCUCCAAAAGAAAAAGCGAACUGAUUGUUUCACGUCAGGCACAUAAGCUGGAUAUGGUCAAGUGGAAAGCACCAGAGUAUUUGAAGGUACAAUUCAAAAACUUCACUUCAUCUUGCAAUCAAGAUGGAGCUUGUUCAGAGUCUGAUUCCAGUUCGGAAUCCGAGUCAGAAAUGGAAGGAACCUCAAAUUCUCCAGUCAUCAAUGUAAGGCUCCCUGGAGUUGAUGUCUUUGCAGCCGAUGUUUACAGCUUCGCUCUGAUAUGCUCUCAUAUCUUGACUGGGAAUGAUCCAUAUCCAUAUCUCAACUGGAAGGAAUUGGGGGUUGAAAUCUUGUCUGGCCUGCGACCGAACUUGCCCACUACAUGCAAACCCUGGUUAAGAGUACUUUUGCAAGCAUGUUGGGCUGAACCUGCUCGACGACCUUCCUUCUCCGAAAUCCAUACGAUGUUGGAACAUUUUCAUGGCAUGUUACUCUGAACAGGUAGUGGAUUCCAGUUUUUCUACUCAUUCAAAGUUGUUGAUCAUUGUAACUUUGAUGACUUAGACAGCUUUGAGAAUAUUGUCAAAAUAGUCAGUGCAACUCUUGUUUAGCUUCAUUGUUCGUAUUUAGUUUCUUUUUGCUUGUAUUCAUGUUUGAUGAUAAAUUGGGAACAUGGUGUUCGCUACUUCCAAAA